AGGCCCCACCGCCACACCUCCUUCGCUCACCCCCCCCCUUCCCCUCCCAGAUCUACAUUUGCUUCUUUAAACCCCUUGGCCCAGUGCACUUUAGCGUCAUUCUCUCUGCUUCGUCCCGCUUCUCCUCUCUUGGUCUCGACUCCUCAAGCCCAGGGAUCCUCUUCUUGUAGCUGCGGAGAGCGUCGCUUUGUUUCCUCGCAGAAAACAUCGACAAAGGAAUCAUGGGUGAGGAGGCAGUCGAGUACAAGGUCGCCGAGUGGGGAAACCAGUCUCUGGAGGUUGCUGACGAGGAGAUUUACAACCUCAUCGAGCAUGAGAAGGUGCGCCAAUGCCGGGGCAUUGAGCUCAUUGCUUCCGAGAACUUCACAUCUCAGGCCGUGAUCGAAGCUUUGGGGUCCGCCCUUACCAACAAGUACUCAGAGGGGCUCCCCGGAGCCAGGUACUAUGGUGGUAAUGAGUUCAUCGAUCAGAUCGAGAACCUGUGCAAAGCCAGGGCGUUGAAGGCUUUCCACUUGGACAGCGAGAAGUGGGGUGUGAAUGUACAGCCCUACUCUGGCUCCCCUGCUAACUUCGCUGUUUACACUGCGCUUCUCAACCCUCACGAUCGCAUCAUGGGCCUGGACCUUCCCUCGGGGGGUCACUUGACUCACGGAUACUACACAUCUGGCGGGAAGAAAAUCUCUGCUACUUCAAUUUUUUUUGAGAGCUUGCCUUACAAGGUGAACUACGAGACUGGAUACAUCGAUUACGAGAAGUUGGAGGAGAAGGCAAUGGACUUCCGUCCUAAGAUGAUUAUCUCUGGAGGAAGCGCAUAUCCUAGAGACUGGGACUAUGCACGGCUCAGGACUAUUGCUGAUAAGGUUGGAGCCCUGUUGAUGUGCGAUAUGGCACACUACAGUGGUCUCGUGGCCGCCCAGGAAGUGAACCAACCAUUUGAUUACUGUGAUGUGGUGACCACCACGACCCACAAGAGUCUGAGGGGACCCCGCGCGGGAAUGAUCUUCUACAGGAAAGGCCCGAAGCCAGCGAAGAAGGGACAGCCAGAGGGCGCUGUCUACGACUACGAAGACAAGAUUAACUUCUCCGUCUUCCCAUCCUUGCAGGGAGGACCACACAACCAUCAGAUCGCUGCUUUGGCGGUUGCGCUCAAGCAGGUGGAUACUCCUCUGUUCAAAGCAUACGCGAAGCAAGUCAAAGCCAAUGCCAAGGCUAUUGGAGAAGCAUUGAUGAAGAAGGGAUACAAGAUGGUGACUGGCGGCACAGAGAAUCACUUGGUUUUGUGGGAUCUGCGACCUCUCGGACUCACUGGAAACAAGGUGGAGAAAGUGUGUGAGCUUGCCCACAUCACAUUGAACAAGAAUGCCGUAUUCGGUGACAGCAGUGCUUUGGCCCCUGGUGGUGUCCGAGUUGGCGCACCCGCCAUGACAUCUCGUGGGCUGAAGGAGAAAGACUUCGAGCAGAUUGCUGACUUUCUGGAGCGUGCCGUAAACAUCACCUUGAAGGUGCAGAAGGAGAGGGGCAAAUUGCUGAAGGAAUUUAACAAGGGAUUGGAAAACAACGAAGAGAUCGCUGCCCUGAAGAGGGAUGUAGAGAAGUUCUCCAUGUCUUUUGACAUGCCUGGGUUCGAUGUCAACAAACUUAAGUAUGGCAACGAAUAGAGGCUUGCUUAGUCCAUAUUUACUGAACGGUAGUUUUCAGUUGAUAUAGUCAGUCCAGAGAGGUCAGAGGUCUCUACUAAAGCCGUCUCUGGAUUGACCUCUCACAAUUGUAGUUAACCUCUAUUUUUUUAAUACUUGCGCAUGGUGUGCAUUCACCCAACUCUUACAUAUAAUCCACGGAUGCUCCAUAAUGCUAUUAAUGACACGGA